AUGGCUGCAGAGAGCACCGCACAACGUCUCCUGGCUGAUGGGCACAGUUUCUGCAGAGCCUGCAUCGGCCAGUGCAGGGAAGGGUCGGAUACAGACUUCGCCUGUCCUCAGUGCGGAGAAACUGCUCAGCAGAGAAACCUCACACGUGGUGACGCAUCCCGGGCUCACGCCGCUUACCGGCGGGUUCCCAUCCAGGAGGCUGCCCAGGAGUACCAGAUACAGACAGAAAACGAGAGGCAGAAGAUUGUGUCUGAGUUUCAGGAACUGAAGAUGUUUCUAGAGAAAGAAGAGCGACUCCUUCUCGCCCAGCUGGGCAAGCUGGACGAGGAGAUUGUGAAGACACAGAAAGACCAUGUCACUCAACUCUCCGAGGAGAUUUCCCGUCUCAGCAACCUGAUCAGUGAGCUGGAGGGGAAGUAUCAGAAGCCAGCGAGUGAAUUCCCGCAGGACGUCAGAAGCACCUUGAGCAGAUGUGAGAUGGGGAAGUUCCAGCAGCCAGUGGAGAUUUCUCUAGAGCUGGCAGAGAUACUCAGCGAUUUCUCCCAGAAAAAUUUCCCUCUAACGGAGAUUCUGAGGAAGUUCAAAGACUUGCUGCCCUCUGAACUGGAGAGAAAAGGAGGGGAAUCCCUCCAGUCAUACACACCAGUGCAUGUGACUCUGGAUCCGGACACGGCCCAUCCCGAACUCGUCCUCUCUGGGGAUCGGAAAAGCGUGACAUGGGAACAUAGGCAGCAGGCUCUGCCCGACAACCCUGAGAGAUUCGACCGACGUCACUGCGUGCUGGGCUGUGAGGGAUUCACCUGCGGGAGACAUUGCUGGGAGGUGGAGAUGGAAGUGGAGGAUGAGGGACGCUGGGCGGUGGGGGUGGCCAGAGAGUCUGUGAGGAGGAAGGAACGGAUCAACCUUAACCCCAAGGAGGGGAUCUGGGCGGUGGAGCUGUGGGGGCAUCAGUUCCGGGCUCUCACCUCCCCUGUGACCCCCCUGAGCCGGGUCCCCAGCAGGAUCUGGGUUUGUCUGGACUGUGAAUGGGGGCAGGUGACAUUUUUCGAUUCUGUCAGAUUUCUUACUGUGGCUUCACGUGGCCGCUUCCCAGACUCUCAGCACCCACCUCGGAGCUGGAAAAGGCUGCUUCAGGGAAGAGCCCGAGCAUCGCCCGAGGAAUGCAAGGGAGACCCAGAGCGCCAUUCUGUCCAGGUGAACGGGGUGGAGUACGAAGAAAUCAUCUUAGAACGGACCAGCUUCCCCGGCACCCUCACGGCUGGGCGGGUGUGCGAGUGGGUCCAGGGCUGA